GGCUUUGCCUCUUUCGGUCCCUCAUGAUACAUAAGCCUCUCGUAGGGCUUUGCCUGCUUUUGCAGACAUUGGCUCCUGUCAUUGCCUAUUUGACCCAUAUUGAAAUCACAAGCUGUGGAAAGGACGCAGUAUGUCCCACUGUACCCGGUUACAGGACAUUACCCGUCAAUCUCAACCUAGGCACAGACAUGGAUUCCAUUUAUUUGCACUUGCGUAACGAUCAUACUACUGAGCCAAUCACAGAUGUCAAACUGGUCCAAACUCCAAAUCCAGCCGAUAUCGAGGGAUGGACUGUCAUCAAUGUCAACUUAAAUCAGGAUUCCCGACAACCCCAACACGUCGAUUCAAACGCCAUUUGGCUUUAUUAUACCAGGAAUACAACUAUCUCCAACCGCCCUGUGACAAGCAUUGUUGUGAAACAAGGCAGUCAUCCUGAGAGCGGCGUCGGCUUUAGACGCCUACCUAUUGAUUUAAAUGCUGGCGUGGGCGGCGAACAUUUGUAUCUUUUUUACCAUCAGGAAGGGCCGGUUGAUGCCAUCACGGCCAUAACAGCAAAGUCAUGCUUCUCCGACGAUUGCUAUAUGGAGGGUUGGGAGCGGGUACCAAAGGAUUUGAAUGAAGGUGUUGUGGUUGGCUUUAGAGUGUACCUGUUCUACCAGCGCAUAAAAGAUCAUCCUCCAGUGACAGAUAUAGUUAUCAUUGUCGAUGAUCAAACUCCGCCAGAAGGAUAUACCAAGGUGGAUGUCGAUCUUAAUCGUGGUACUAUACGUGGAGCUUCAAUAUAUCUUUAUUACAAAGUCAAGGAAGACGCCUCCGAAGAAGAUAAAGCCACAGCAAUUCAGGAGCUUGCUAUUGAGUAUGGAGAUGCAGCUGUUACGCCAUACAGUUGGAACAAAAUAAGCGUUGACCUGAAUUCGAAAGGUAUUGGUUCAUCUGAAGGAUUUGGAGAGCCAACAUUCCUUUUCUACAGACGUGCAUAUUCAGUACCAGACAAAGUUGAGCCCCUUAAAUUUCGGCCAGACGGUUCGUUCAAGAUACUUCAGCUUGCUGAUCUCCAUUUUUCAAAUAACCGCGGCAGUUGUAGAGACGUUUCACCCGAUACACCAUGUCAAGGUGAUGCUACUACAAUAACCACUAUUGAACACUUGCUGAAAUCUGAAAAGCCUGAUCUUGUUGUCUUUACCGGUGAUAAUAUAGAUGGCACAGGAGGUGUUAAUGACGCUCGAGCUGCAACGUUGAAGUAUUCUCAGCCUGUCAUCGAGCAGAAAAUCCCAUGGGCAAUGAUAUUCGGAAACCAUGAUGACGAGAAUGAUCUGACUAGGGAAGAAUUGUUUGAGGUUGUGCGAAAUAUGCCGUACUCUGUUAGUGAAGAAGGCCCUAUGGAGGUUUCUGGCAUCGGCAAUUAUGCUUUGAAAAUAUGGAGCAAUCAAAGUCAAGCGGAAGAUAAGCAUGCAUUCACCCUCUACUUUUUCGACUCUCAUGCCUAUGCAAAUCCCGAGAAGACAGAAUAUGAUAUCAUCAAACCUGACCAGCUACAGUGGUACCUCAAUGUAUCACAAUCAUUUGCAAAAGAUGACCAAGCUCCCCCUAAUGCCAUCGCCUUCUUUCAUAUACCGAUACCGGAAUACGGUAACUUUGAAAAGGACAGUCGAAAGCGACCUAUUCUUGGAGAUCAACGUGAGACUGUUUCAAGCAGUAAAAAAUCAGACGCCGGAGUGUUGGCUACUUUUUCGAAAGGUGGAGAUAUACGUGCGACCGGAUGUGGGCACGACCAUGUAAAUGACUAUUGCCUGGAUGUGGACGGUAUCUCAUUAUGCUACGGUGGAGGCAUAGGUGUGAAUGGAUAUGGUGCUGGCCAUCUCGGAUGGCCGCGUCGAGCUCGUGUUUGGAAAAUCGAGGACGAAGGCGCUACUAUUCGAACAUGGAAGAGGCUGGAUGAUGACAAAUUAUCAAUGUUGCACUACCAAACUCUCUUCUGAUGAACAGCCCCUAGAUACUGUAUAUAAUCGUAAUCAUUGCUUAAACCCUCAUUUGCAUUGAAAUGCAAUACACCAUUUAACUUCACCUGCACUUCAUUGAAAUGCAUUCCAUGCCAUAUGAUACCGCCAUAUCAAUCGUCAAGACCAAACAUAUCAAUACAUUUAUGUAAUAAAAAAAAACAUAUUGAGAACGACAUUAAAUACAGGAAAAAUUUCAGGCUCGAGGGUUUAUGUUAUUUACAAUCGUAGUAGUCUCAUUGAACCAGACCUGGUGUUUACAACCUCCUAUCUGGUGAAUCCUCACUAUCUUUGACUAUAGCAACCAGGACACUAAUAUCAUCUGCCUUGCCGCCCUUCAUCAAGAUAAACAGGAUUAGCUACAUUGUAUAA